GUUUCCCCAGAGCAAAGCAGUCUCUCGCGCGAUCCAUCUGGGCCGAUCCCUUUGCUGAGUAACAGGGAGAUCAUGUCCCCUGGUCCAUUGUGCAUAAUGAGUUAAUCACAAGUUGAAAUGGACCAUCCUCCAGUUGCCGAUCCUGGACAAACCAAGGAUAAAGGUGUUGGAUCUAAGGGUGAAAUGGAUCUCCCAGUUGCCGAUCCUGGACCGGUGAAGGAUGAAGGUGAGCUUCUCCGGUGCCCGUUUUGCGAUUCUGAAGCAGUGUACAAACUAGCACAAUUCUUGCUCCCUGGUUUGGCUGCGGUCUGUGUCGACGGUACAACUGGUGAUCUCUUCAGGGGCCCAUCUGAUGUUGCUGUUGACCUCAGAAAAGAAAUGGUGGACAGCAUUACACAAAGAAGUGAAACGUUCAUAGCCGAUGCUGAGGCGGAACAAAACGCUAAGAAUGAAAUGUCGGAUGACCCUUAUGAGAUCGUGUCAAUAUUCAUGGAUGAUUUCAGUCGCACGAAAAGGAACAUCAUUGGCCAUGUCUCUGGGUGGUUGCUAAGUGACAGCCGUGAUGAUAAGAUCGAUGACUUUGUCCAAGAAAUGGAGAUGACCCGCUUCUGGCCAUUAGAGAGGAGAGAAGCGAUAGCCGAGGUCCUCCUCAGGAAUGUGGACAUUAAAACCAAGUUCCACUGCCCUGAGAAAUAUGAAAACGAGGAACGUCUUGCUGAUCACAAAGCACAGUGUAGCUUCAGGCCUGUCACUUGCCCAAACGAGGGAUGCCGAGCAAAAGUCUCUGUUCGUUGCAUGCAGGAUCAUGAUGCAACUUGCCUUUUCAAGAUCCUUCAGUGUGAGCAAAACUGUGAGAAACGGCUUCUGCGGCGUGAUAUGGAUAGACAUUGUGUCACUGUCUGCCCCAUGAGGCCCAUGAAGUGCCCUUUCGGGUGUGAUGAUUCGUUCAGUGAACACGACCUCGAGGAGCACUGUUCAGAGAGUCUCCAGCAACACUUGCUUAAGGUCCUUCAGGUGAUUCACAAGAAUAAUUUUACAGCUGAUGAGCUAAAGGAAACUGCUCUACGACUGGAGAAGUCUGAAGAUCGUGGUAAACUGGCUAAAGCUCGGGAUGCAAGAUCUCUUGCUACUAUUGUGAAGGAUCUUGAAGCAAAGCAAUUUCAAUGUUCUGGUGUAGUAUCUCAUAUAAACCUUGGUGGUUGACACGUGAGGUGUGGAGAUGGAGAUAACCACAGGAUAACACCGUACAUGGAGAUGGAGAUCACCAUGGGACCGCCGUGUACAUAGAGAUGAAGUUUAUCAUCGGUUGCCAAAAAGGGGCUAUACCGUAUCAUACUUGUAUAAACUGUUUGUGAAAGUUUAUCCCUUAUAUAUAUAUGCACCCUUCUUUUA